AUGGCGAGGGAAAGCUAUGUUUCUUCUACAGGAACACUCCUCCGUAACUGCUUUUUUCAGCACUUCCUAGCAGUGCUGUGGAAGCGCCUGGUGCUGCUGACCUGGAAAGGGCUGCCUGCUUAUGUGGAGCCCAGGCGUGAUAAAGGUAGCAAAAGUGACACACCAGUCACUGUGGUGAACGCAGAGUUCAAUGGCGUGAUCUUGGGAGAGUCCUCCAAGACUGAUGUAUUGCCAAAUGGGACAGCAGAGUACAAUUUCACAACCAGCUUUGAAUACAACCCUGACGGGCCCAACUCCUUGGACCACAUUGUGCGAAGUCCUGUGCUCUUGACCGUGACAGAGGUGUUGCCAAAGGAGAAGAGACAGAAGGAGGAGAAGACCAUACCCCUUGGCCAAGCUGUGGUGGACCUUCUACCUCUGCUGCAAGGACAGUGUUCAUUUACGGUCUCAGCUCCUUUGUAUGCUGUGCCUACCUCUCCAUUAGAGAGCGUUCCCCCGGAGGCCAAGUGUGGCCUUGAAGUGACUGUGUGUGUCCAAGAGCCCCUGCUUUCUGCAACUCAGCUUUCAAAUGGUAAUCUCCUGAGCGUCACCUUGGAGGCAGCUUAUUCUGUCCCUGAAGCCUUUGUUCCCGCUGGACCCCUGCAAAACUACAUGGCUUGCCUGCAAGUACCAGCAGCUGGGGAGAGAGAAUUCCCCUUGAUCUUCAGGAAUGGUGUCCCGAAGCUUGGCGGUGAAAAAGAGCCGUUACCCCGGCCCAAAAAAUGGCCGCUUGGUAACAUCAUGGCCCCUGGUGCUCUCAGCAUACCCAACUCCUUCAUUGUUGGUGGCCCCUAUGAGGAUGAGGACGGAGAGCUCAACAAAAGAGAGGACAGAGAGUUCAGGGUCCAAUCAGAAAGCUUGAAGAGGAGGAUCGUAUGGGACAUGGAAAGACGUUGCUACCUAGAUCCUGCUGCAGUACUCGUCCUGCAGAAGCGCAUUGCAGAGUGCCGCUUCUGGCCUGUGGAGGUCUGCAGGAUGCCUGUGGUCUCUUCCAGUAAAGGGAAAAACAGCAAAGCUGACAAGGGAGAUGACGACGGACAGAUUUUCUUCCAUGGUGUGGCAUAUGUCAACAUGGUGCCUUUGCUGUACCCCGGCGUGAAACAGAUACGAGGGGCUUUUCGUGUCUUUGCCUAUAAAGACAGCGAGGUGUUUGAGAAGACUAAAAAUCAGCUCAGUGUUUUCCGGGAUCUCGGGCUUCAGAUCAUAUUGACCAAGGAAGGGCAAUGGGCCUCAGGAAUCAGUUCUCCUCUUUCCAGAACUGUCCCCAGUAGGAUCCAGAGGGAGGAUAAAGAAAAAAUAAAAGAGAAGGAAUCCAGCAGGAAGCUGUCCAGUGCACUAAAAAACCUGCCAUCAGAUGUGCCAGCAGAAGCUGAAAAUGUCACGUAUCCCAACCAGGAUGGACAGCAAUAUGUUGAAGCAGGAACGUUCCUGGUGAUGGAGAUAAAGCUGGAGAAGGCCUUGAUACCAAAACGAUUGCAAGAGGAUCUCACUAGACGGGUCAAGCAGAUGAUUCCUCCUCGCCCUCCGCUGCCUCGCCGGACUGCAGGAGCCAAGAAGGCUGUGGAAGAUUAUCACAACCAGAUCACAAGCAUUGCUGUCGCCAUCCUGAGUGAAUACCAUGAGCUGUUUGGGAAGCAACUGCCUGACCAAGGAGCGAUAAAUCAUCAAACCCUGGAGGAACAGAAGUGUCAACUCGACUUUGAGCUCAAUAGCUCAGGAAAAUAUUUCGCCUUUAAGGAACAGCUAAAGUAUGCGGUGGUGAAGAUUGUGAGGGAGAAGUACCUGAAGACAACAGCGUUUGAGUCCCUGGAGCAGUUCCAGGCAUUUCUCAGUGAGCUCUAUGUGUACCUUGUGGAUCAGAUGCAUGUUGCUCUGAACCAGGUAUUGUCCGAGGAAGCUGCUGCCCCUGCCCCGCCGUCCUGCACAACUGAUGAGCAGCUCCGGCUCUUUGCUCGUGAAGCCGAAGUCAACAAGGACUACAAACUGGCAUCUCUCUACCACCAGCAGAGGGUAGCUCGGGACCAGCACAACAUCCACUACUGGCUGGACUAUGGAGCGUUCUGCCUCCUGCUUGAGGAAACAAUCAAAGCCCAGGAAUGCUUCCGGGAGGCUCUUCGCCUGGACCCACAUCACAUACAAAGCUUGUUGCUCUGUGGGAUUGUAGCAGUCCUGCUGCAGCAUUAUGAAGAGGCAGAGAUUUUCUUUGAGGAUGCCAGCUGCUUGGAGCCAUCCAGUGUUGUUGUCUGGACUCUUUCAGGUUUAUUCUAUGAGCUGCAAAAUAAUAACAUUCGGGCAGAAAUGGCCUUCCGUGAGGCUAACAAGCUACUGCAGGCACAGCUUGCCAUGGAGAGGAGCAUCCCUGAGGCUGCUGAGGGAGAAGGAAGGAAAAAGCAAAUUUCUGCUGAGUGCGUGAGGCCUCUCAAUCCAAGCCCAGAAGCGUUCUUGCCAGAGGAAGUUGAAGAUGGCUCAGCCAGCAGGCUGCCAGAAGCAGUGGAGCCUGCCCCAACCUGCAUGGUGCCUGAAGAGGAUGCUGCUGCUCGGCAGAACACGAGGCCUAAGAACAAGGAGGCAGCCCCAAAAGCGCCACCCCCUGUUUCAGGACUUAGCCAACCUCCCUGCAGUAUCUUCAUGAAGACAGUGGACUUCCUGAUGAAAGUCAAUGCCACCCAGUUUGUUCACAUGGCGCUUGCCCACGAGCUGCUGAGCUUUCAGGGAGGCCCCGGUUGUGACUACUACCUGGCACUGGCCCAGACUUACUUGCUGAAGGAAGACUUCUCCAAAUCUGAAGAAUGUCUCCGCGAGGCCAUUAGACUUGACUACACGAAUCCAAAUGUCUGGGCUCAGAAAGGGCACCUGUGCUACCUGAAGAGAGACCUUGGAGAGGCAAAAGAGUGCUAUGAGCGAACUGUCAGUUUUGUGGUGGAUGCUGCAGAGAUGCACUUUGUCUACCUGCGCCUGGGCUCCAUCUACCUAGAAGAGAAAGAGUACGGCAUGGCGAAGCAGACCUACCUGCUAGCCUGCAAGAACUCUGCAUCCUGUCUCACCUGGCUGGGAGUGGGAAUUGCCUGCUACAGGCUGGAAGAGAUGGCAGAAGCAGAGGAUGCUCUCGCUGAAGCCAAUGCCCUAAAUAACAACAAUGCUGAAGUGUGGGCAUAUCUAGCCCUCGUCUGCCUGCAAGGAGGAAGGCAGCUGGAGGCAGAGCAGUGCUACAAGUACGCGGUGAAGGUGAGCAUCUCUGCGCUCCCCUUGGGCGCAGAAAGCAGGGCAGACGGGCCAGCUUGCGGGCUGCCGGAGAAGGGAGCUGGCUCCGUCUCAGGGCGCCGUUCUGAGCGCGCCCACAGGGCGAAGCGCUUGCCCUCUUCAGGUAUAAGUUUAACUGGAAAAUAA